AUGGAUCUACUGGAUUAUUUUCUCAUGGAAUGUGGUGUUACAGAUUUCGUAUCAUCGGCAACUACAACUUCUCAUCGCCAACGCUCAGGAAAAGAGGAAGUAGCAUUUUAUGUUGAUCAUGUACACGAAAAAAAUACGUUCCAACAAUUCUGGAAUGGUUAUCGAAAUGAAUUACCAGGAUUGUUUGAUUUAGUAAGAUCCUACAAUAUACGGUCAGCUACUUCUGUAGCGAGUGAAGGUUUGUUCAGCAUAGCUGGUAAUGUUCAGCGCAAAAAUCGAUCUUCACUUUCACCAAAAGCUUUGAAAUAUACUAUGGUAUUGCGUGAUCAGCAAAUUUUAUCAGAUCUCAUUGAAUCAAUGAAAUCGAAUUGA